GUAAACGCAAGAACGACAAAACAAUCCACAGCUGAAGCCCUGCUACAGGCAACGUAACUAAAGAGCAGUGAGCAAUGUCAUUAACAGUUUUGAAGUCCUCUUACAGUCUGAGGGCCCUCUGCAGAUUGCAAAGAAUUCAAGGACACAUGAUGUCAAGUCAGGCUGGACCAGAGGUUCUACUGGAGCAAGUUGGAAAUGCUGGUGUGAUUACACUGAACAGACCCAAAGCCCUGAAUGCUCUCAAUCUGUCCAUGAUCCGACACAUAUACCCCCAGCUCAAGAAAUGGGAAACGGACAAUCAGACUGAAAUUGUAAUUAUUAAAGGAGCAGGCGGGAAAGCCUUCUGUGCUGGGGGAGACAUCAGAGCGGUCACAGAAGCAGGGAAGGUUGGCGAUCCCCUUGCACAAGAUUUUUUUCAUGAGGAAUACAUUCUGAACAAUGCUAUAGGAACCUACAAGAAACCAUAUAUUGCUCUAAUUGAUGGAAUAACAAUGGGAGGGGGUGUGGGUCUGUCGGUUCAUGGACGAUUUCGGGUGGCUACUGAAAAGACACUGUUUGCAAUGCCAGAAACUGCCAUCGGGUUGUUCCCUGAUGUUGGAGGUGGCUACUUCCUUCCAAGGCUCCAAGGGAAGCUGGGCCUGUUUCUAGCCCUAACUGGCUUCCGUCUCAAAGGUCGCGAUGUGCAGAGGGCUGGUGUCGCCAGUCACUUUGUGGAGUCACAGAAGAUUUCAGCCUUGGAGAAUGAGCUGGUAAAUUUGAAGGCUCCUUCUGCUGAAGCCCUCUCCAGAGUGCUAGAAUCCUAUCAGAAACAGAGUAGCCUGGAUGCUGAGAAACCCUUUGUCUUGGACCAGCACAUAGCUGAUAUUGACAGGUUGUUCACCUCAAACAGUGUGGAGGGCAUUCUACACAACCUGAAGACAGAUGCCUCAUCUUUUGCUAAGAAACAGGCAGAGAUCCUGUUGAAAAUGUCUCCCAUGUCGCUGAAGAUCACACACAAACAGCUUGAGAAAGGCGCAUCUCUGAGUCUGCAGGACGUUUUGGUUAUGGAGUACCGUCUAAGUCAAGCCUGCAUGAGGGGCUGUGACUUCUAUGAGGGUGUAAGAGCUGUGUUGAUUGAUAAGGACCAGAGUCCCAAGUGGAAUCCAUCAUCAAUUGAAGAGGUAUCGGAGCAGAGUGUGAAUGAUUGCUUCUCCUCAAUGGGAGAGAAAGAUCUGCGCUUCUGAGGUCCUGGUCACUAGAAGCAGCCUUCCACUCGAGUCUCACCACUAAGCCUUUUCAGAAUGGGAUCAUCCCGGUCAACUUCCUGUCAUCAUAUCUAUCCAUUAACGGUCAGUUGUAAACAAGGAUCCAACUCCAAAGGAACAGUAGUUGUGAAGAAGACACAGGGUGUGUUUGGAUGGAAAUUUCCAUAUUGACUAGUCAAUUUAUUACAUCUAACAAAUAAAUUUCUUUCUUAAAACAAGUGAAACAUUCUACUGGUUUGUAGAGAAUUAUACUUUCAAAAAUGUCAAAUGCACGGUUGUUUCAGGAACCGAAACGGCAUCAUUAUUUUAAAGAAAGGUAGAAGAAGCUGGUAAAAUAUAGUAUAAAGGAAACUACACUUUAUUCAUUCUCUUGAAAUAAGCCAGUUUGCCUGCUAAAGAAAAUCCACCCUGCGAACGUAUUCACAUAUUUUAGAAAGAAUAAAUACAUUUGAAGACUCAGUUCUAUAUUAAGGAACUUAAGAUAGAUAUUUUUGCGGUGUUAUUAUGUAUUAUAUGCUGUUAAAAAUAUAUUGUUUGAUUAUAGAAUAGGUUUUAAUUUUAAGCUAUUAACGACAAUGAGACUGUCGGGUUUAACAUUCUCUCAUCAAUUGAAUGUCUCAAUAAGGAUUUUUUAAGCUGUUCGAAUGCAGUCGAGGAAAAGGAAAUUAUAUCUGGUCACAGCCAGAAAUGGAAAAUGGUUUACUCUGUGACAGACUCAGUUACAGAUGCCCUGUAGGUCAUACAUAGAAAAUGUGUUCAUAGUGCAAACAUCCUCAUGGGAAGUGGAGCCUCUUUCUACAUAAGUUAUCUCCAUCUUGAGUGUUCUGCAGCUCUUUUCUGAUGCAAGUCAAAUGGUCAGUGACUCAGAGGUUAGCCACUCUGCAGCAUCACAUUGACCCAUAGACAUGGGGGGGUGAUCUCACCUCUGAGUGCCUUAUAGUGUUUCCUGUGGAUGACUGUUGAUGUGAAAAGAUUCAUUAUCACCUCUAUUUCUGCAGUAAGUGCCCUUUCAAUGGUGUUUUUUUGUUGUUGUCAUUUUUAUCACUGAUUCGUGACCCUCUAGGGUUUUUUUUCUGAAUAUCUUGCAAUUUUCUAAAUGUACGUUGGACAAAAGGUACCUCUUGUGUUUUCCGUGUAUUGGGGAUGGAUUACACCUGGCUCAAUGACCUCAUUUACACUCCUGAGGUAAAUGAUAGAUAUGGAAGUAAUUAUCAUUGUUUAAUCCCAUUAAUUUGUCUAAAUAAAGGUUGUUUCAAGUGGGAGCCACUGCAUUUUCAAAACCUAAUUUGGAAUUCGACAGCCAUUUCUAAAACCUGCAUAUUGCGGCAUCAUAUUUUAUCUUUUUGUUUGGCAUAAUGUGACUUUUGACAAAUGCUUGUUCAUUGUUGCUGUAAGAAACCCAUUGGGAAUGCCUUUUUGCUCAAAGUGUGUAUUUCUUUAGAAUUUGUGAGACCUACAGAAUCUGGUUAGGCUGCAUCCUGAGUUAACCCUCAAUAAAGAGAGUUGUUA